AGGGUUGAUCCUUUCUCCAAAAAGGACUGGUAUGAUGUCAAAGCACCAGCAAUGUUUAAUAUCCGAAACAUUGGGAAGACACUUGUCACCAGGACUCAAGGAACUAAAAUUGCCUCUGAUGGCCUGAAGGGUCGUGUAUUUGAAGUGAGUCUGGCUGAUCUGCAGAACGAUGAGGUUGCCUUCCGUAAAUUUAAACUGAUAACUGAGGAUGUUCAGGGCAAAAAUUGCCUGACCAACUUCCAUGGAAUGGACCUCACACGGGAUAAAAUGUGCUCCAUGGUCAAAAAAUGGCAGACAAUGAUCGAAGCCCAUGUAGAUGUCAAAACUACUGAUGGCUACCUACUGCGCCUCUUCUGUGUGGGUUUUACGAAGAAGCGUAAUAACCAAAUCCGCAAAACCUCGUAUGCCCAGCAUCAGCAGGUUCGACAGAUUCGCAAGAAGAUGAUGGAAAUCAUGACCCGAGAGGUCCAAACCAAUGACCUGAAAGAAGUUGUCAAUAAGCUGAUCCCAGACAGCAUUGGCAAAGACAUAGAGAAGGCGUGUCAGUCCAUUUACCCUCUUCACGAUGUCUAUGUCCGCAAGGUUAAGAUGCUGAAGAAGCCCAAGUUUGAAUUGGGCAAGCUGAUGGAACUGCAUGGUGAAGGUGGUGGUGCUGGAAAACCUUCUGGGGAUGAGGCAGGCACCAAAGUAGAGCGUGCUGAUGGAUACGAGCCGCCCGUGCAAGAGUCUGUCUGAAACUAAAAAUUGAUUGAAAAUAAAAGUUUUAAUAUACAGAAC